UUAAACUUUAACCGAGUUUGAUCUGUGAACGUCAUGCUCUGAAAGGCUGGAGAUAUCAGUUCGCAUUAAGUGGAGACUGACUCAAAACAGGUUAAAUACUUUGGAAAUUUUAUCAGUAAGAUCUUUCAUCAGAUCAGAGAUCAAUCUUGUGAAAAGUAGAGCAGAAUUUAAAGUUUAGCUGUUAAUAAAUAAGACUUUAAAUGUUUUCUGGAGCGUGUUGGACUGUUGUUUUUGUGGCACAUGUCGGGAUGGUUCAUACCACUCUAAUGGAUAUAAAGACUAUAAAGAUGCACGAACGUUGCGGUGAAAAGAUCAACUUCCGGUAUGAGUCGAUUUUUACCGUAAAAAUAGAAUUUGUAUCGUCUGCAAUUAUUCCGCGCAAAGAAACGACCACCAAAGACGUUAAUACUUACCAUGGCAAGGACGAUAUCGGGAUUUGCGAUAUCUACAUUGAAUCCUGGGAUUUCCAGAAUCAUUUAAUGUUGCAGUUCGAAGAGCUGAAUUUUGGACCAGCAGGACACUUGUCCGAAUCGUAUCUUGAGAUAGCAGACGGCCCGUCCGGGCAUGGUAACAGUUUAGCUGGUCUGCCUCGCAUGGUGUACAGCCGGCAUGCGGGUAAGGCGAUUUCCGGAUCGUAUGUGGCUUCCGACAAGCAUGUGACAAUUCGUUACCAUAGAAACGGGUCAAUCCAUGACAGUAUCGAAUUGCUGGCGACCGUGGUCGCUUUUAAAGACGGACCCUGUCGUUCUUACGAGUUCGAAUGUUGGAACGCGCACUGCAUCAUGCGCGACCUCGUCUGCAAUGGCCACAACCCGUGCGGUGACCACUCGGACUGCCUGACUACCAGACAGCCGGCGGGAGUCGCCGCCGCCGAUAACGUGGUCGCCAAUGACAACGUGUUGUUGGCGGUUGUUGUUGCCGGAGUACCGACGGCGAUUGUGCUGGUGGUUGGGGUGCUAGUCAUCUGCAGAUAUUACGUCAUAAAUGACAAACGCCCGCGGUUAGCUCACCAGCACGAAUAUCUCGGCGUAGAUUCGACCCCACAACCAACAAGUAAUCGCGAAGACACACCGCAGGCAUGUAAUGAAAGGACCUCGAGUCAGAUAGACGCGGAGAGACGCUUUUCUCCGCCGUCUUACUCUACGCUGCCGGCUUUGCAGCAAAUCAGUGUCCCUGAGUCCUGUUCAGACAACAACUCCACGCUUUCACAAGACUGCGUGUCCGCAGAGUGCUUUGACCAUGACGAGACCAAGCCGCCAUCUUACGCAUGCGUACUGCUGCAUCGCGAAGAUUAUCACGUGUCCAAGACCAGCCUACCAGAAUCCCUUGGUACUAAUGAAACCUCGUGAUUGCUGCAUUCUUUAGACUUAUCGCUGAACUACUGCUGACUGCGUAACAAAAAUACCGUUUAAACAGAUUGAAUAUUUAUAUUUUAAUUGGUGAAAGCUUUUAGGUGCCGUGUCACAAACGGCAUACAUGCGCAAGAAUGAAGUGGACUGGUUCGUCUUGGUUUUGUUGCAAUGAUCUCUGAACCCACGUUUUUAUCAGCUUACACAUAAGUGAUUUUCAUAAUGAUCACGAAUCUUUUCAUCUUAUAUUAACUAUUUUAUUGUUUAAUAGUAGCAUACUUGUUAGGAUUGAUUAGGCAAAGUCACAAAAAGGGUAUUAGCUUCCGCCUCCUGAUUAUUUAACGAGGAAAUGUUUGCAUUCUACUGAUAGAUUCUGCAUUAUAUAUGUUUCUAUGUUUCGUUACUAGAUUAUUAUAUGUUCGCAUGUAAA